CCUCAAUUCAACGUCAAAUCAUCCAACAUUUGACCGACACCAACCGAAAUUGGAUCUAUAUAUGUACCCCGUCCACAACAAGCGACCAAGGCAACCACGGCGAACGGGCCUUAAAGCUGUUUCCACAACAUUCAAAAUCUUUGCUCUCCGUCGCGACUUGAUGACAUGACCCUAUGACUCCCGGGCGUGAAGCAGUACAACAAUGCCGUAGGGGACCCGGCGAUGCUGAAACGUGCGUCCCGAGGGGCCGAAGUCGGCUUUCUACAAGGAAGAUUCCUGUUGACGGUCAACAGCAAUGUGGGUAUUUCCACCAUGGAACGAAGCUAUCGUGAGUUCGUGACUGAGGCGCAAUACGCUCGAGCGAGCGAGCCAUAACACUGUCGCGAAUGUGGGAAGGUAGCAAAACAAAACAAAACAAAACAAAACAAAACAAAACAAAACAAAACAAAACAAACAUCGCAGCAUUCCAAGGGAGCUCGGGGAGGAAUGAGACAAGACAAGCACUUGGCACUGCACAGACGUUGGGCGUUGGGACGCUGGGAGAAGCGAACAAUGGACGCAUGUCUCAGACACACAGCCCCAGACUGCAAGUGCAGCGGAAGUCAUGAACUCAAGGCAUUUCAUUUCUCUCUCUUAAGACUUAAACUCUUGUGUCAUGUGUCCAGCCAGAGUCAGACUCCCUUUUCCUAUUCCUUCCCCCACUCGUCUCACUCCGCUGUUUCCCCGGGCCGUUAUCAACCUUCCCUUCCACCAUUCCUACCUAUACUUCCGCUUUCCUUUCCUUUCCAACUCGCCUUCCAAUCUUUCACGUCUCCUCUCUCCCUGACACAAUUCCUACUGGCACCAGCACCAGCACUCGCCCUCGCCCUCCUCCUCCCUGUCCCCGCCGUCGUUCCCGCGGUUCACGUCGUCACCGUCCUACUCCUUCUUCUUUCCAGGGCACGAAAUUUCAGAACUCUCGCCACCCUCGGCACCCUCACGGGUAGGCUUCGGCGGCGGCUUAACAGGCCCAAUGGUCUUGGGAUAGCCGCGCGAGCCGUCGUUCGGGGCGUUGGUGGCAUCAUCGCUGUUGUUGGAGUUGACGAUGCGGUCGUUGUUGUGGUGAGUGGUGGCCGGCAUUGUGGUGGUUGAGUUGGUGUUGGUCUUGGUGGGGUUCUGUUGCUUGGGCUUUGG